CCUCGCAAUUCAAUAUCCAGGCCUUCGUCACUGAACCCAACGAAGAAGGUGAGUCGCUUUCAGCAAGCAAUCAACGCAUUUAACCAAAACAAAUAUUCCAACUUUUUGAUUAACUAGUUGUUAAACUUAAUUAAUUUAAUUUAAUUAAAAGAUUAAACAAAGAAUUCAACUUUGUCUCCGUCUCUCUCUCUCUCUCUCUCUCACAUCGUUGAAUCCUCAAAACCGGAGACUCCAAUGGGUCGUCGCCCCAAUCUAUCAAAACCCUUCAACACUCCCCAAACCUUGACCUCUCUCUCUCCAGCCACUUAUUCGCCGUCCGGUUGGGUUCGUUCCCAAAUCGAUGGCUCUCAAUGGGUCUCGCUCCGACCCCCAAUCAGCUGCCGAGAAGGCCGUCGCGGUGAUCGGGUCCGGGUACAAUCUCUGCAACGAUAUCCGGCUCACCGCGUGCAAGUCCAUGCUCAUCGAGCUGGACUCGACCCGGACCCGCGACCUCGUCGUCCCUGGUGGUCCCGUCGUGCCCGACGUCUCCACCUCCAUCAGGUGCGAUAAAGGCGAGCGCACCAGGUUCCGCUCCGACGUCGUUUCGUUUAAUCAGAUGUCAGAGCAAUACAACAAGGAAGUGUCCCUAUCGGGCAAAAUUCCGUCCGGUCUGUUUAAUGCUAUGUUUAACUUCACUGGCUGCUGGCAGAAGGAUGCAGCUCCAACAAAAGCUCUUGCUUUUGAUGGUUGGUUGAUAACUCUGUAUAACAUUGAGUUAGCAAGAUGCCAUCUAAAACUAUCCCAGCAUGUGAUACAAGAAGUGCCUUCUACAUGGGACCCUGCUGCCCUUGCUGAGUUCAUUGACAAAUACGGUACUCAUAUUGUUGUUGGGGUGAAAAUGGGUGGAAAGGAUAUAGUUCACAUGAAGCAGUUACAAAAUUCAAAUCUUCAUCCCACAGAAGUGCAGAAAUUGUUAAAGCAAUUAGCCGAUGAGAUGUUUUCUGAAAAUGCAACUGGAUCAGAGUCCGAUGGUUUAUCAGGAAAAACGAAGGAUGAUGACUCUAUGCCCCGGGAGGUUCGUAGAACGCAUGCGGCCCCAAUAAGGCCACCUACUGUCAGACAAAUAAAUGAUGGUAUAAUUACUGUCUGUGUUCGAAGGGGAGGUGUUGAUAUUGAUCAAAGUCAUAACAAGUGGCUUUCAACCGUAUCACAGUCACCUAAUGUCAUAUCGAUGUCCUUCGUGCCCAUAACCUCUCUGUUGGGUGGUGUCCAAGGAAUUGGAUUUCUAAGCCAUGCAGUGAAUCUCUACCUUAGAUACAAACCACCAAUAGAGGAACUCCAACUAUUUUUGGAAUAUCAGUUACCACGUCAAUGGGCUCCGGUGUAUGGUGAUCUUCCUCUCGGUCUCAGGCGCAGAAAACAAGUAUCCCCAUCACUGCAAUUCACCUUUAUGGGCCCAAAGCUAUAUGUUAACACUUUGAAGGUUGAUACUGGAAAUCGACCGGUGACAGGAAUGCGUUUGUAUCUUGAAGGUAAGAAAAGUGACCAUCUGGCAAUCCAUCUCCAGCACCUUGCAACUCUUCCCGAUACUCUCCAACUCUCGUACGAUCACAGUUACGAGCCCAUUCACAAGCCAGAGGAACGAGGCUACUUUGAACCUGUCAAGUGGAGCAUAUUUUCACAUGUAUGCACUGCCCCAGUAGAGUACAACGGGGCCUGUAUUGAUGACUCUGCAUCAAUUGUGACAAAGGCCUGGUUUGAAGCCAAGGCCAUCGGAAUGAGGAAGGUUUUGUUCUUGAGGCUUGGAUUUUCAACGGUGGCAUCUGCAAAAAUCCGCAGAUCAGAGUGGGAAGGACCCUCGACGACUUCUCGAAAAUCAGGAUUCAUCUCAACCUUGAUCAGCACAAGGUUUAGUACGGCAUUGAAUCCACCUGUGACACCAGCAAAAGUGGAUUUGAAUUCAGCAGUUUACCCUGCAGGGCCACCUUUACCAAGCAAGGCACCAAAAAUGGCGACGUUUGUAGAUACCAAGGAAAUGUUGAGAGGUCCUGAGGACUCGCCAGGAUAUUGGGUGGUCACCGGAGCCAAGCUUUGUGUAGAGGGAGGCCGAAUCUCGGUGAAGGUGAAGUAUUCAUUGUUGACAAUAAUGUCGGAGGAUUCUAUGAAUUAAGAAAUCAGAAAGUUACAAAACACUAUACUUUUGUUGUAAAUGUUAUACCAUGUACAUCAUCCAUUCUUAAAAUCGGUUUGAAGUCCUGCCGCAGUGACAUCCUUGUUGCAUGGAA